AGUAGUCGAAAUUGAAAUUUAUUUUUAAUUCUAAAAAGUCCAAAUUGAAAGAAACUCUGUCUUGUCUUUAGGAAUGACCCAUCUGAACUUGGCGCUCUUCCCAAUCGUUUUAUAUGCUGUUGAAAAAAGCUCAAGAUACCAGACUGAACACAAAACCCAGGUCAUUGAAGAUGGGAUAUUUAUCGUGUUUUACACGUUUAUUCCUUACUCUUAUAAACGGUACAGUUAUCACGACAUGCUUGGUGUUUAUGGGAGUGGGCGUGGUUAUGAUUAUUCUGCCAGAUGUGGGUGUGAUUGACCAACUGAUUGACAGCAGUUCUGUGAUGAAGGAGCUUAAGGACACCCUAGUGGCAACAGGCCUUGGGACGGAGAACCAGUACUCUGGUUUGUCGCUUUCCGGCGCCUUUUACGACAUUGGAUUGAUGUUAACGGUUUCCUGUGGAGUGAUUCUGAUCGUGGCUAUGUUUGGAUGUUGUGGAGGGUGCUGCAAAGCAAAGUGCUCAUUAAUCACAUACAUUGUCCUGACCAGUUUCCUGCUUGUUGUUGAACUUUUAAUGGUCAUAAUCGUCUACAGCGAUGAAAAAUUGGUGAUCGACUCAAUCAAAGAGAUAGUCUUGUUAACAUUGAAUGACUACACGGGAUUGACGGGGGAAAAUGUUCAGACCUUAGGAUGGAAUUUUGUUAUGAUUAAGUAUAAAUGUUGUGGAUUGAUUGAUUACAAAGAUUUCAAGCGUUCAAACUGGACAAACAAAGUUAGCACAUCAACUUCAGAAUACACGUUAGCAACACCGAUUGUGUGCUGUGAUCCUUUACCUAAAUCUGACAAUCUGACAUGCGCAACACAAACUUCAGCAGGAAAUACGGCUAUAACGGGCUGCUUUGACAUUGUUUGGGACACUUCAUUUGGAAGUCAAGAUUUCGUUGCAUUUGCUUACUGUAUUGGAUUUGCUAUUCAGUUUGUUCUGGUCGUUCUGGCCGUGGUUGUAUUUAUGGAAGCGAAGAAAAAGAACCGAGUGGCUGCUGAAAGGAAACUAAAAAAAGAGAAAAUAAUACUCUCUCAUAAAUCACCGGACCCUUUACCAGAUAAAAAGAGCACCUAAAUGACAAUCGUGAAAAUAACCGAAGAUUACCAUCUAUAUUGUAAAUAACUUAAAACACGAACACAACUUUAAAUCUGUCAAAUAUCCAUUAUCAUCAAAUGGCGUGGGAUUAACAGUUUUAUCUUUAAAUUUUUAAAAAAGGUAUCUUAAUAAUGAUAUACAUGAAAGUGUAUACAAUGAACAUGGAUUGAAUAACAAGCGAAGGAUGGCCUAUGAUAGUUCUCUCUUUAAGCUCUAUAGCUGCAAGCCUAUCGUGAACUGGGUAAAAACACAUACUUGAAUUUUUGAAACACCUGAGGUGGAGUCGGGUGGCUAAGAGGAGUAAGCUUCGUCUGCUGAGUGCUCAAAUCGUCAUGCGCCAAAAAAGUGAUAGAUUAUUAUAUCGACCAUGAAAUUUACAAGACACUGGCUCACAAGGGUUGUAAAAAUCCUUGUGGCAUCAAGUUACGUGUCAGUAGACUUAUUAUCCCCCCUCGCAACGGAGUUGGAGAGGAGUAAUGCGUGUGUGUGUGUGUUUUAAUUUGUCCUUCGUUAGGAAAGGGCAUUGUCGAAAUUGGCAUAGGGAUAGAUGUCAGUUGCUGCCUUGACAAACACGUCGAUGAAACGAGGAUAUCAACAGUCUCGUUUAAAGUCAUCAUUUUGCAAGUUCUUUGUUCGAUGUUUUUCAUACUUAUUGAUAGUCCAUUAUUUAUACACUGAAUUGACGACGGUUUUUCCCCUUAUUACCCGAUCAUGACAAGGAGCACACGGUGGUUGUGACCGGUCGGCAGAAGAUGCUCAUGGCACCUGAUCCCACCUCUGAUGUAUUGGAGGUCCGUAUUUGCUCUGCUCCUAUUUGUAUUUUUUUAUGGACUUUUGAUCUUGAAUAUUAUAAAGUUAUUGCUGUUUUUUGAGGUUAAUACAAUGAUUUAGCUAUCUGAGGAGUACAGAUAGUUGGAUCUCAGCCAAUCAGAGAGAUGGAAAAUAUUCAAUCACAGAAUAAUGUUUGUUAUUUCCAUAUGUUUCAUUCUGGUCUGAAGUAUAAAAAAAAUCUAUGGCAGACUUUGCAGUUUGAAUGUUUAUUGAAAUAAAAUUCUGAGUUAUUCAA